GGGCUCUCUCGGCGGCCAUUAGCUGUGUGCGCGCUGGGCUGGCGGAGAGCGGCUGGGUCGGAGCCUUCGCCUCCCCUUUCCCCCCGGGGGUGGAGCUGCCAUGGCGGCCCGCGCGGCUUAGCCCCGCUCCCCUCCCCCCCCCCCAGCUACGGUAACCGAGGAAGCGGGCGCGGCCUAGCCCGAGCGGGCGGAUCCCCGGGCUCGCGUAGCGGCCGCUGCCGCCCAGGGCUGCCCCUCGGCCGGCCGCGGGGCGGGGGCCAUGUCCCUGGUGGCCUAUGGCAGCAGUGAUGAGGAGAGCGAGGCGGAGGAGGCCUCUGGCGAGGAAGAGGAGGCCCCCCCCGUCCAGCCCCCCCCGGGCCGGGGGCUCUUCUCUGCCCUGCCCCCCCCCAAGCUCCCGCUGCUGCCCCCCCACCAGCUUCUGGGCUCCGGCUUCCCCCUGCUGCCCCCGCCCCACGGGGGGCCGCCCCCGCCCUUCAUGCUGGGCCCCCCCCCCGGAGUCAGGGGCUUCAGCACCCCGCCCCCAGGCAUGAGCCCUGCCCAGGCCUCUGCUCUGGGGCUGGGCCUGCCUGAGCCAGCAGCCUUGGGGAGCCUGGGGGGGGAGCAGCCUAGGCUGGGGGGGCUCCCGCUGCCCCCGCUCAGGGACCCCACCGGACUGAAUCUCCCCCCUCCUGCCAUGGCCUCGGCCGCUCCCCCCGGGGCCGGCCUCCCCAAGCCGAAGAAGAGGAUUGCGGCGCCCGAGCUGCACAAGGGGGAUUCAGAUUCAGAGGAAGAUGAACCGGCAAAGAAGAAAAAUUCUCUUCAGGGACUCAGCGAGGGCACUGGCUUGUCUGCUUUGCUUCCUCAACCCAAAAACUUGACGGUGAAAGAGACAAACCGGUUGCUUUUGCCCUAUGCUUUCUCGAGGAAAGCGGCAGAAAACGCCCCUGAGUUGAAGCCAGCUAAGGCUCCAACCUCCUCCUCCAAGCCAAAACCUCUGUCCAAGCCCGCGGUGGCCACGACUCCUUCGCCAUCCGCCAUCAAGGCGGCUGCCAAGAGUGCUGCCCUACAGGUGACCAAGCAGAUCACCCAGGAGGAGGACGACAGUGACGAAGAGCUCGAGCCAGAGAACUUCUUUUCUUUGUCUGACAAAAGUGAGCCCAGCGUGGUCAGCGCGGACACAUACGUGUAUUCCGGCACCGUGGUGACAGAGGAUCUGCCCCCUGGGACGGAGCCGGAGCCUGAAUUCCAGGAUGCUGCCGCUAAUGCCCCUCUGGAGUUCAAGACGGCUGCAGGUUCAAGCACCACUCAGCACAGCUGGGCCCCCAAGCCCGGAGAAGACUAUGGCAACCAGCCAUAUAACCAGUUCCCUGGCUACAGCGAUGCCAAUGCUCCCGGGGCAUAUUAUCAGGAUUACUACACCAGUGGCUAUUACCCAGAGAUGGAUCCAGCCCUUGGACCACCACAGGAGAUGGGCACCGACUCGUCCUUCAUGGAUGAUGAAGCGUUCAAGCGUCUCCAAGGUAAGCGGAACCGUGGGAGGGAAGAGAUCAACUUUGUGGAGAUCAAAGGGGAUGAUCAACUGAGUGGAGCCCAGCAAUGGAUGACCAAAUCCUUAACAGAGGAGAAGACCAUGAAAUCAUUCAGCAAGAAAAAAGGAGAGCAGCCCACAGGACAGCAGAGACGAAAACACCAGAUCACGUACCUGAUCCACCAGGCGAAGGAGCGAGAGUUGGAACUGAAAAACACAUGGUCCGAAAACAAACUCAGCCGGCGUCAGACCCAAGCCAAAUACGGAUUUUAGCACCUCUCCUAUUCUGUGGGCGUUAGCCCAGGUGACCUACCAUGUCAGACUCCUCCUGGCCUACCAGGAAUUGAGGAGGCCCCUGGAUCUAACUGUGUGGGUGGGAGGAUACAGCACUCCCCUGUCUGUGAAGAGAAGGGUUAAAUACUAACCGUUUCUGAAACCCACGCUGUAACUUUUUUAAUGAUAAUAUAGAAGGUUCAAAUCAAGUCUGGUUCGUGCAGCUGGGGACUCUGGCACUGGACAGCCACAGGCUUGUCCGAAGAGGACGUGACUGGCGCAAGGUUGUGAGCUCUCAUCCUGUAGGUGUACAGACUACCCGUUUUUUCUUUAGUCACCAGAACCUUAGGUAGAGUCUCAAUAAAUUUCCAAGUCCAACACUGCUCCUUUCUUUAGA